AUCAGCUAUUCGGGCAGCAAGAGCUCGGCUGGAUAAAUGUAAACAGUUUUCCCUCGAGAGAAAAAUCAGAUGGAAAAAUGCACAGAUAUUAAUCAGAGACGGAGAACGUUACUGAACGACCGAAGAGUUCGGGGGAAUCCGGCAGCGCAGCAAAAGCAGAACCAGUUAAAUUCUUCAGUAAAGUGUGUGCAGAGCUUGGAACCGAUCAAGCCAACAGUCUUUAAAGUUGCCAUUAAGAACAAGUAUGACAUUAAAGCAACAGACCAAAACCCAUCUCUUAAACAGCCUCCUGAUUCUUCUCAACUAAAUUUACGUAAAGUAACAGCAUGGGGUAAUGCAAGUUCCAUGUCAGCAUCAUUAAAGAAGCAAUGUACACUAACAACAACAGAAUCUCAAAGAUAUCUUUCCAGAUCAACAAAUCCAAAAGACAAAAUGCCAGUUGAGAACAACAUGUUUUAUAUUACAGGAGAAGAUAAUAGACGUACUAAACAUGAUGCUGAAGACCAUGUUUCAAGGAAAGAAGUUGUAUUGGAAAUGCCGUGUGAAACAGCUGCUUCAUCUGUGACAUUUGAUUCAGAAUUUCAGCAAACUGAAAUAAAUAACCGUGAAACACUUCACUUUUACCUGCCUACCCAUGACAUUCAAGACGAGGAGGAGUUCACAACCACUAGGGAACCAUCUGCAGAUGUUUCACAGGAUCCUGACAUAACCAAUGGAGUUUUAAACAGAGAACAAAAUUGCAAAAGUACUAAACCAAAGCAAGAAGAUAAGAAUGGAAACAGGGUUAAAGAUUCUGCCUGGGCAUCUGCACCUGGUAGUGGGCUCCGGGAUCAGAUGCAGAGAAGAUUAACAUGUGCAAGGAAGACUGUUCCUGUUCCUGUAGUUACUGUUUAUUCUGUAGAACAAAAUGAGUAUUCUGAGAUAUCAGAGCAUCCCCGGAACAGACUAAAUCAAACACAACCAUUAAAGCACAAUUAUGUCAACCAUUCAGUGGUUGAUUUAACAAUAUAUGACUUGGAAACUGAACUCGAUGAGGACCACAGUGUCCAGGAGAACACACAUGUUGACAGUUCACAGUCAAAUGCUAAUGAAAAUCUUACUCUUAUUGCCUGCACAAAGAAUGACAGAGAAAAAUCAAAUACUUUUGGAUCCAGUACAUGGAAACCACAACGCUAUGUUGUCAUUGACCAAACUAACUUCUUGGCUAGACCUCAGAAUAUUCAACAUAAACCAUGUAUUUCAAGUGUACAAAUGGUCCGAAAUAAGCUGUCACAUACCAAACAAUAAUGCUUCCUUUUAAAAAGCUGAUUAUUUGAUUACAUAGGAAGUUCAGGGAUGAUUAAGGAAGAAAUUAAUGAAGAUUUUUAAGUUUGAGGGGUUUUUAUAGGAAAGGAAAAACUUUCCACUUGCAGGAGAAUCAAUAACCAGAAUUUGCACAUUUAAGAUAAUUGGGAAAAGGACCAGUUUGGGUUGGAAGAGGGAUUAUUUUACAGAGUGAUUUAUAAUGAUCUGGAAUUCACUCCCAGGAAGAUUGGUAGAAGUAGACUCAAUAGUAAAUAUCAGAAACCAUUGGACAUACACUUGAAAAAGAAAUAUUUACAGGGUUAUGGUCAAAGAGCAGCAAAAUUAUUUGGACAGCUGUUGCAGAGAGUUAUCACAGGCAUAAUGAACCAAUGGCUUCUGCUGUAGUCUAGGAUAGUAUAUGAGCAUUGUUGUGUAGUAAGGAUUUUUUUUAAAAAGUUAAGAUCGCUACCAAAUCGGGAAUGGACAUGACAAUUUAUCAAGUGAGGAACAAUUCAUUUCGUAGAUGUCUGCAAUCUUUAAAUCACUACAAGGAUGUACUUGUUUCAAAUAAUCCAUUCAUAACCAUUUACAAGUACUGUUUUAAUCAUUUAUCUUGUGACUAAUGUGAAGACCCAAAAAUAAGCUUGGAGAAGUAGAUUUAAGUAUUACAUGAGUAUCUUAAGCAGACGAUAGUUGGCGGUCAUGGUCAUGCUUUGGCACACAAGUGACAUUGGAACAAAAAAAUUGUUCAAAAUUGAACUGGUGCCAGUCUUUUCUAGUUUGUUUUAAUUACAUUCUAAUUGGGAAAUGGUGUGAUGAGCUUUAAGUUACCCUUAUGAAUAAUCUGGAGGCUGCAACAGUUUCCUUGGAUACUGUUCUUUUCCAGUUUGACCCUGCUAAUGGACUCCCGUGAAAGAUAAUUGUGUCAAAUACAUUCCACCUGCUUUUGAGAUUCUGUUAAUAUCAGCCAAAUUAACUACUGCGAAAAGUAAGCUCAGGUUAACAACCACAUUAUCACAGCUCGCUUUAGCCAAGAAUUCAUCUUGAUGCUUGGCUUUAAUGCAGCUGGUAGGAAGAUUACAGCUGUUAUGUGCUAUGCUUUAAACUCUGCAUUGUACAUGCAGUUUGUCAGUUUUAGAAAUUAUUUCAAGCAAUUUAUUUUGAUUGAAUAUUUC